AUGGGACUUGAGCGGGACCCACACACCGCGCCGUCUGCCGCGACAUCGUCUCGUCGUUCCGAGCUUGUCGCUAAACGACGCCAACUCCGGGAUCGGUGUCUGGAAUUGGAGAUCGCGCUGGAGGUCGCAAAGAACGGCAGCGGCGAUCGGGAAGCCGACGCCGGCGCCGGGUUCGCCCCGGACGAGCCGCUCCGUCCAGUGCGCAUCGACGGCGCCACGCCGCUGGCCGUCGAACUGGAGCACAAGAUCGAUCCGCUCCCGCUGUUGAAUGCACGCGAGCGGGCUGAGCGCCUGAAGUGGUUCCUGCCCAACGUGCGCGUUUUACACGCACAUACCCACAACGGCCGCACCGUGGCGUCCCUGGAAUUCGGUACCACCGACGCAUUUCAGCUCGAUUUCGAGCUGUGCGCAGCUCCUCUGGAGCUGCGCGUUACUCACCUUUCCACGCCUGUGCGACUCGCGCUGGGUCCCUUGGUGACGAGCAGCGUCGCGUGUGGCAACGUCGCGCGGCUGUUGCUCGGUUGCUACGAGUUUCAGCGUCUUUGUGGCCGCAGGCACCGCAUCCUGCGUGCCUUGCAGCGUGCCUUCGCCGCGUGGGGCGCGGCGUUAAGCGGGCCCGCGCGGCUGUCCGUAGCCGCCGCGCGUGGAACUGUGUGCAUUCGAUACGAGUUGCGGUUUCCGCCGGGCUCUGCGCUGCCAAUCUCCGAGAUCACAGUGUCCGUGCACGUGACCGCGAAGGUCGUGGGCAAUCUCCAGGGCAUCGCGCAAGCCCAAGGCAUCGCAGACGCGCUCAUGCGCGAGUACGGCGUCGAGCAUGGGCUCGAAGCGUUCGUGCGCGCGGUCAUCACUGCGUGA